AUGGCAGACGGCGUGGGCAUUUGGGCGGCUGUGGCGCGAUACGAGCUCCAAGAACUCCCCCCGCCUGCCCUCGACCGCCCUGCCAGCAGCCCCACCACCCUACGUCCGCUCGCUACUACCUCUCUCCGCCGCCGCGCAAAGGUCUGCCGGCUGCUCGAAGACGAGAUGAAGUUCUCGCACAGCAUCCAGUUCAACGCUGUGCCCGACUGGUCUUCGCACUACAUCUCCUACUCCAACCUUAAGAAGCUCAUCUAUCAGCUGGAAAAGCAAGUACACGCAAAGUCCGCCGCAGAUCGGGAUGCCGUAGACCCCGAGUCUUCUCCUCUGCUCUCCAAUGGCGACUUAAAGGACCCAGACCAGGUCUUCACGCGCAAGCUGGACGAUGAGUUGGAGAAGAUCUGCAGCUUCUACCGUCUGAAAGAGCUCGAGAUCUAUGGCGAGGUAGACGCAUUGAUCAGAGAUGUCGAGGAGUUCGACUCGGAGCACGCCGAGGGCGAGAUUGAUGGCGAAGGCGGUGGAGUCAGACGGCAGAGCGUGUGGGCUCGCGCCAGGCAACAGAGCAUAUUUCGCAGCUUUCAGCUGCCGCCCAAGCGGCGCAGAGCGUCGAUGAGCAGCCGGGAAGCCCCUAUACCGGAAGAGGACGACAGCGAUGUUGAAGAUGACGACGAGCACAGUGCGCUCACCAAAAGCCAGGUUUCAGAUCGGCGGUCAACUACGAGGAAGGAUUUCGCAAGCGGAGAGCAGCUUGGUCCUCAUGACGACGUCAACGCUUCUCAAGAGAUUGGCCGUCGAAGACCGAGCGUAGCGUUCAACGACUUCGGGGACGAUGCACUACAGGCGCUUUACGACGAAGGCAUCACGCUAAAGAAGCGGGUCAUCAACCUCUAUGUCAACAUCUGCGAGCUGCGAUCAUUCAUUCAGCUGAACGAGACUGGUUUCUCAAAGGUCUUGAAAAAGUACGACAAGAUUGUCGACCGGAAUCUGAAAUCUCAAUACAUCAACGCGAAGGUCAAGCCUGCGUACCCGUUCCAAUCAAGCACGUUGGAACAUCUGUCCCACAAUUUGGACCGGGUGGAGACUGCAUACGCAUCUAUCGUUACCAAAGGCGACGUUGAUGCAGCGCGGCAGGAACUCCGUUUGCAUCUCAGAGAGCAUGUUGUCUGGGAGCGGAAUACCGUAUGGCGAGAGAUGAUCGGGAUCGAACGGAAAGCACAGGCGGCUAAUCUUGGUAUUCGGAACACGAUGCUGGGCCAGGACACUGAUCCCAAGAAAGCCAGACUCCAGGGCGAUCAGGAAGACGGUACAACGAAGGAAGUCCGGACGCCGCUGGGCAAUACGCGCUGUCCGAAGUUCUUGCUGUCCAGCACGUUCUGGGUGCUUGUGGCAUGCAUAGCAAUCUUUGCCACUUUGUUGGCUGUGCCCAUCAUGGAAAAGCCUGAGCAGCAGAACUGUCUGGCGCUGGUCAUAUUUGUGAGCUUGCUGUGGGCUACAGAGGCCAUCCCACUCUUCGUGACCUCGCUGCUUGUGCCAUUCCUGGUCGUCGUUCUGCAAGUGGUACGGCAGGAUGACAAACCGCAUCAGCGACUAACCUCGAAACAAGCUACAAGCUAUGUCUUCUCUGCCAUGUGGACACCAGUCAUCAUGCUUCUGCUCGGCGGCUUCACCAUUGCAGCUGCAUUGUCCAAGUACAACAUUGCCAAGAUGAUGGCAACAUUUGUCCUGAGCAAAGCCGGCACGAAGCCACGAACGGUGCUGUUGACAAGUAUGGGUGUUGCUAUGUUUGCGAGCAUGUGGAUCAGCAACGUGGCGGCGCCGGUGCUGUGCUUCAGUAUCAUUCAGCCUAUUCUUCGCAACCUCCCAUCCGACAGCGACAUGACUAAAGCCCUGCUGCUCGGCAUCGCCCUGGCUUCCAACAUGGGCGGCGCAGCAUCACCCAUCGCCUCGCCACAAAACCUCAUCGCACUUCAAAACAUGUCUCCACAGCCCGGCUGGGGCAUCUGGUUCUUCAUCGCGUUGCCAGUCUGCAUCAUCUCCAUCGUCCUCAUUUGGCUGCUGCUGCUGGUAACCUUCCGGCCUGGUCGCAACACCACCAUCGUGCCCAUUCGCCCAAUGAAAGACAAGUUCACGGGCAUCCAGUGGUUCAUCACCGUCGUCACGAUUGGCACGAUUAUUCUGUGGUGCGUAAGCCACCAAAUGGAGAGCAUCUUCGGCGACAUGGGAGUCAUCGCGAUCAUCCCCAUCGUCUUGUUCUUCGGCACCGGCAUUUUGACAAAGGAAGACUUCAAUAACUUUCUCUGGACCAUUAUCAUCCUUGCGGCCGGUGGUCUGGCUCUUGGUAAAGCGGUCAACAGCUCCGGACUGCUCCACACAAUCGCCACCAGCAUCACUCAGGAAGUUGAAGGCCUGAGUUUGUAUGGGGUGAUGUGCGUUUUCGCCGCCUUGGUCGCUGUGGUGGCCACAUUCAUCAGUCAUACAGUCGCCGCCCUCAUCAUCUUGCCGCUCGUAGCUCAGGUGGGUGGUAACAUGAAUGACCCGCAUCCCAAUCUGCUUGUCAUGGGAACGGUCUUGAUGGCGUCGGCAGCCAUGGGUCUCCCCACGUCCGGGUUCCCGAACAUGACCGCCAUCAUGAUGGAAGACUCCCAGACCGGGCAGAGGUAUCUGCAAGUACGGCAUUUCUUGACGAGAGGCAUUCCGGCCAGCAUCAUCGCAUAUGUUGUCAUUAUCACGAUUGGAUACGGGCUGAUGUAUGCUGCUGGAUUAUGA